AUGUCAGAGACGAUAUCACAGGCGAGGGCUUUCUUAGCUACUUCACAGCCAGACAAAGCCCUCGAAAUACUAUCGCCACACAUCGAAUCAAACUCAACAUCGCCCGAGUUCCUUUCGAUAUUAGGCGAAACUUUGCUAGAGAAUAACCAGCUCGAGGAAGCUUACCAAGUGUUGACAACUGCGUGCCAGCUUGACCCAGAGGCGCAACAAGGCACGGAGAAAUUCUUGUAUCUUGGUCAAAUCAUUGGGGGACAAGAUGGGUUGAAUUACAUCAAUACCGGUUUGAAUAAACUCAAUGAUCAACUAGCUGAAAUAGGCAACGAGAAUGUGGUGAUGGAGGCGGAGGCGGGGAAGGAUAAGAGUCUACAGUGGAUUAUAAAUAAAUUAAACCAGGGUAUAUUUGCCAGUAUCGAAAUCUGGAUGACCGAUUUGUGCAUGGAAGAAGAAGCCGAGCUGAAAUGCAACGAGUUGAUCCAAUACAGUUUAUCAGUCGACGCCACUAACCCAGAAACGUACUCCCAAUUAUCCUCGAUUCGAAUCUCGCAGCAGAAAAACGAUGAGGCAAUUGAAGCUCUCAACCGGGCAUGGGAUUUGUUCCAGGAUAAAAAGACGCAAUUGGAAGACUUUGCCAACUCCAAAAAAUCGCAACAAGAUGCUGCAGAUGAUGUAUUUGAAGUUGGAAUGGAGUACGUUGAGCUCAUCCAACCAUUAAUCACCUUGUCCAAACUCGCCAUCGAGUUGGAACGAUAUGACACGGCAAUCGAUAUCGUGAGCCAUGUCCAGGAUAUAAAUGAUUCAAUUUUGGACGCCUACUACAUUGAAGCUAUCGCCAACUUGUUCAAAGCAAAGGAAAUCUACGCGAGCUUGCAUCCCCAACUAGAAGGAGAUUAUCGAGAUGUGGAAAUCGCACAAUUGCAAAAGAGCAGCAAUAACGACAGCAAUGAAGAGAUCGCGGCGUUGAUUGCUGAUGCUAGAUCUAAUCUAACUUCAGGGUUCAAGAUCAUCAAUAGCGAGUUGGUUGAUGAGUGCGACCUUUCUGUGGUUGAUCAGGUCAAUGAGCUCUUGCUGCUGUUGGGCGGACCACUCAUGAGUGAGUUGUUGCCCAAGCGUGAGAAAGACGAUGAUGUAGAUUGGGAAAAUGAAAUUGACUAUGAAGAGUAA